UCGCACCUAAAGUACAGGCACAGUUGGGCGCACUAAAAAUUAAAACUUCUGCAUUUGCGAUGUUAGAACAUGCUUAUUUUUAUGAUAAUCACAAUCACAGGAUUACAGGUGCUUCUAAAGUAUUGCUUUAAAAAUCGACUAGAUUCUAAUCUUUUGUAUACGGUUACUACGGUUAAAUAGUUCUGCUUGGCCGAUGAAUACGUGGAGCAGGACAACGCAACUGAAUAUGAUGUAAUAGUAGAAGACCUGCCUAUGAGAAAUUUAAGUGACCCAAAUGAAGUACAAAGAAGACGCACAUUCAUACAAAAUUGCUGCUGUUCAGUCAAAUGCCCAGGUUGGAAUUCACUUUCGGAUCCUUUCGCAAAUGCGGAUGACACAAAAAUUAAGGAAAAUUUGCGAAUUGGUACGAAAUACAGUCGCACCAGAAUAAUAACACUCAGGCCCUACAGAAACCUGGUCUUCGCUGUUCAGGGACCAACGACACCGUUCAAAAGACACUUGAUCCCGUGGAGGCUUCGGAAGUCCACGACUGGUGCUAGACGCAGGAGGAGCACCACUGCGCAAGGGAGAAGACGGCGUCGCCGCCGCACCACAACGCCGGCCUACUACGACGACUACUACGAGGAUGUCACCACGACCAGAAGGCGAAGACGCACCACGACAGCCUCAUACUAUGACGAUUACUACUAUGAAAACGACAUAACGUCUCGCCGGACACGCUCCUCAACCACAGCCCAACCAUUUACAAAGCAAGCAAAUGCGGCUGAGGCUGAAUAUUACGAUGACCCAAUAACUACCAGAAGAAAAAGACGACGCACAACCACCAAGAUGCCAGAGUACUAUGACGAUGACAAGUAUUACUACGACGACAUGUCAACCACAAAAAGAAGGCGAACAAGAAGCACUGCUUCAGCAGUCCCAAAUACCACAAGUUCAAACACUACUGUUUCUAGUCCAGAGUCAACAACGGUGAUUCCUACUAAGUCUCAGGACAGUGAGCGUCGAGAAGAGACAAGCAAUUUUAUGUUGUUGCCAUUGGACACAAAAAAACCGGUGCUAGAUGACACUGACCCUUGAUAGUUUAAUUUUUUUUUAACUUUAAUGAAGGAUGAAUUUUUAAUUUUUAAUAAUUAUGCCUAAGGCAACAGUGUUUUGCACGGGUUUUUGGUGAGAUAAAAUCUAAAAAAUAUUUUGUAAUUCAUUUUAAUAUUAAUUAAUAAAAUACACAUUAUUUGAAACAUUCUUAGCAUUAAUCACUUAAGUAAAAUAUAGAAACGUGAACGAAUUUCAAAGAAUUUGCUAAGUAACAAAAAUAA